UUGUUACAGUACACGGCUUCAGCAUACGUUGUAUUACAGUUAGGUCCAAUUAGUCGAAUAAGUAAAGUACGUAGGCAAAAUAAUGUCGUUGGUAAAAAAUAUACCUAAAUUAAGUUUUCUGUACUAUUAUUUGGUCGGCAUGGUAUGGUCAUCUGUAGAAGGCAACGAUUGCAGGCAAGUAUCAUUCAACCUGGCUCAAGCCAACAGGAUGUUAACCAACCACGUGAUUAGUAACCAUACAGUCGAGAACAACCAUAUGUGUCGCAUUCAGUGUUACGUUAACCCUAACUGUGUGUCUUACCACCUUGGUCCUUCACCAACACCUGGAAUGAUGGUCUGUCAACUGAACGACGCUGAUCGUUACCAACACCCACAAGAUUACCAGGAAAAACCAGGAUACUUUUACGGAAGUUGGAAACAGAACAUGUGUCAAAGUAGCCCGUGUCAUGUCAACGCUACUUGUCAACACGGCUUUACUGAAAAACGAUAUCGAUGUAUCUGCCCGCUGGAAUUAACAGGAGAACACUGUGAAAAAGAAAAAUUCGUUUUGCGGAUCAAAGUAGAAUCCAGAGGAAAAAAUAACUAUGCUGGAUCACAAAGAUCAGCAAAGCUCGUUGUUAAUGGGACUGAUUACAACUCCUACGGUAGAGGACACAAUCUAGCUGCUUUUCGCAUGAACGGUGAAUUUAUUUCAAAGGCGUCAUUUGACACCCAUGGAAAGGCACAAGCAGGGGCAGAUAUGAGCACCUACAUCAAUAGUCUGCCAGAUAAUAGCAUAGUUCUUGUGGCAGUAGAGGACAGCGGUCAUAAUCAUGUCAGGGAUGCGCAUCAGGCACUUAUGAGUAUCGGUGCCAAGCCUCCUCUUGAGCCGAACGGUCUUCGCGCAAGUUGGUGUUUGAUUGGUCACAAGGGAGGAUACCGUCCGUGGAUUGCACAAGACCAGAAAAAUGCCACUGAUGUAAUUGCUCAAGUCUCUGCCAAGAUAUACCCAGACCCCUGAAUCAACGUUCGCUGCGAAUUUUCAAAAAU